AAAUAAUCGACCAGAGGCGGUUGUCGUGGCGGUUGCGCGGAUCCGGGCCAAAGAUCUGGGCCGGCCAGUGUGGGAGAUCUCCCAAUGGCGAUUGCGCACUCCACGCCCAGCAGAGUGGCGUACGUCACGCCCAUUGCGUCGCUCGGAUGCCUUCUCUCCGUUGCGCUCACCAUCGGCGUCAUCAUCGUGCCCUUCCUCAUCGCCUUCUCGUCCUACUCAUUCUGGCUGCACGAGGGAUCCUACACCGAGCAGCCGGAGGUCGCCUACUCAUCGGACGCCCUCGCACUCAUCGAGGGCAGAAAGAACGGCCUACCGUCGACGGUCUUCUGGAGCACCGUGCAGCAACUCAACCAGCUGGCGGGGACGUCCGUCGUCACCCCCGAUGUGCGCGUGAGGGCGGCAGACUUCAACCUUGACGGCAAGACGGACCGGCUGACGGUGGAGAUGACCUUCCCUCUGAGCACCCAGGGCAUGGAGGAGGUGGACUCAGUCAUGCUGAUGCUGGGCGUGACCUACCGCCUCAACGACCGGGUCCGGAUGGACAUGCAGGGGCUGGCGGUGCUGGCCGCGUCCACCGCACAGGGCAGGGCCUCGCUGAGCGCUAAAGGGGCCAUCCGUCUGGUGCAGCGCAACCCCCUCCCCGUCGGCUCCAAGCCUCGCCGGGUCUAUGACUCCUCCCCUCUGUCCAUCAGCGCCAUCUCGCCCUCCAGCAGCCAGGAUGCCUACGCCGCCCCCACCCACGCCCUCCCAUUUGUCGUCCGUCGGCUGCUCGACAGCUACACCAACCGCAAUGAGAGCAUUAGCUUCGACCUCAACAGCCCCCCAUUCUGGUCGAACGAGCCGGCCACAACCAACGGAGCGGCGCCGAUGGUGCGGCGCAUGGACGGCCAGGCAUCCGGCGGCAGCGUGUAUCAGGGGUUCCAGACGAGUGGGUCGAAGAGCUUCCGUGCGACGGUGGUGAUGGAGGUCCCCGAGCAGCCGGUGCGGUACCGCCCGGAUGCGCUGGAGCUGCUCAAGUUCGCGUGGAUACAGUGCCUGGCCUUCCUGGUGCCGCUGUGGUAUAUUGUGGGUAAGAUCAAGGACGUGUUGUUUGGCAAGAUCCUGCCUAGCCGCGCUGUGGUGAUGCAGUGAGGGGGAGGGCUGCAUGGGGGGAGGAUGUGUGUGAAGAAAGCGUGUUUCAUGUUCAUGUGGUGUACAGGGCUUAACGCAAAUACAUACCUGGAUCGAUGGAUGGAUACCUCCCCCCAUCCCACUUCAUGUGCACAGACAAAUAAAUAGUCGACUCGUGUACUGACUGUGCGUGCGAGUGUGUGAGUGUAGUGUGGUCAAACCCCGACUGACUCGUCCAUCCAUCGAUUCGUUCAGUGCGAUCUAAUAUCAGUCAUCUGUCU